UGGAAACAACAACAGAAGAUAUAAAAUCAAAAUUAAUAAAGAUUCAAGUAGUAAUUAAAUAUAUUAUUGUAGUUCAUCUUGUCCGUCAAAGUGUAGUCUUAAUGAAAAGUGUCGAGAAUUGUUUAAUUAAUGCUUUGUGAAUUAAUUAAAGAAUAAAAUAUCAAACACAAAGAAGGAAAAAAAAAAAUAAAAAAAUAGAAUCUACAAUUUAAUUACUUUAAUAAGACAAACCGAGUUCUUCCAUGCAUCCAAUAUAAAGGAAUAAGUUAUCUGUACUUGGAUCCACAUACAUCAAUAAAAAGUAUUACCAUAAAUCGUCGUAUUAAUUAAGAAAUUCGCAAAAAAUACAAUAAGGAUCCCAAAAAGGCACAUGCUUGGUUAAACUGAAGUGAGAGUGACAUCAACAUUGAAUUAAUUUUCAACGUAACUUGUAUAAGUGAUUUAGUUAUCACAUUCAUCCACAUUCUUGACUUAAUUGUCAAGGUUUAGAAAAGGUUGACUUAAUUGUCAGCUGUCCAAGAAAAGGCUGACUUAAUUGUCAGCUGUCUAAGAAAAGUGACUUGAUUGUCACAUUUAUAAUUUUGACUUAGCUGUCAAAAAGGAUUCACGCACUAUCUACCUAUUUACGCACAUUCAAUUUAUCUCUACCUGAAAUGCAUUCAUCUAAAGUAUCAAACAAUAAAAAAUUUCAACAAAUAAACAGUCAAGUUCCUGAUGAAAUUGAAAAUGCCUAUGCCAAUCUUAGCACUCCAAAGACAAGAUACAAGAAUAUCAUUCGUCACAAGGGUAAAAAACCCACUUCUGGACCACAAGCUAACGACAUUCGAAAAUUCCUAAAAGAUAAUAAUCGUAAAUCCACAGCUCGAUAUCACGAAACUCGUCAAAUUCCAUCAUCUCCAACCGACCCUCAACAAUCUCAAUCGCAAUCCGAUGAAAACUCGAAGAAUCUAAAAGAGAAAAGCAAUGAAAUUGCCUUAUUAACGAAGGAAUAUCAGGAACUUACCAGCUCGGAUCCAUUUGAUUUGCCAUCGAUUUUUAAAAAGACAAACGAACUAAUUCAAGCCAUGAAUGAUCGCCACAAUCUUUUUGUUCUUCAGUCCUCGACAAGUCAAAGCAAGCAUACAGACUUCGUAAUUUCGGAAAUCAAUGCUUUGAGAUGUGAAAUCGAUCAAGUUAAAUCUAGUCAUCAAGAGGAAAUAGAGACUCUUCAGAUCAUAGACUCGUCACGUGCUGAUUUAAAAAAAUUAUGGAUUAGAUUUAAAUUCAGAGGAGAAGCACAAGAAAUUCGAGGAAAAGGAAAUUAUCCAGCUGAAAUAAAAAAAAUUCUCGAUAAAAUGGGAAUUAAAUUCAAUUUGGGAAUACUUCCUCUGGAAUCUGCAUUUUUCCACGAUAGGAAAUUUGGUGGCAGCUCUAUUCCAGAAAUUGCUCUCUGCUGUAACUUUGUUAACUCCACAAUAGCUAGGCGAGUAAAAAUCGACAUAGCAAACUUUAAUAAAGCCCUAGAAGAAAAAGGUCAGUCAGAAAUAAUUCGCUACUUUACAACAGUUAGCUGGUCAGAAAAUGUAUGGAGGAUCCUGCGAAUAUGCUUUGACAUCAAGGGAAACGGCUUGCUCAAAAGCGCUUUUGUAACCAAUGAAGGCAUUAAGAUCCAAUAUGAGACGGAUUCAGCGCCAGAAGAUCCAAAUGAAACCGUCGUUGAUACCGAUUCUUUAAAAGUUAUCACCGCUAAAAUCAAUAGCAUGUCUGCUUUAGAUGAAUUACGCAAAUCGAUCGGGGAUUUUAACUGUCAACUGCCAGCAACCCAAGUGUACAACUCAGAAUACUUUAAUCUGUCAAUAGAGCAAAGAAAAGAAGUUCGUAUGAAUUCUCAGCAGGAUGAACCUGAAGAUAAUGAUAAUCAAAUGCAAAUCGAAUCUCAUGUCAAUUACUGA